AUAUGAUUGAUAAUAAAACCUUGAAAAACAUCCUUGAAAACAUCCUGGAACUUAAAUUUUAUUGGUUACAUUAAUUGCGAUUACCAUAAUUCAAAUACAACGGCAUUACGUAAAAUAACGUGAGAGAAACAACAUUAAAACAUAUAGCAUUCAAUCUUAAUUCUAACUUGUCUAUUCUAAUCAACUCAUUUCGCAACUUGCAAAUUCUUUGUGUAAUUUUCAUUCAACAUCUGCUUUCAUCCAUUAAACUCUGUAUCUCUACAAAAUCGAAGCUUGAUAUCGAAGCAUGAUUUUAAUAACAAUAAUUCUAGAAAACUCUGCAUGUCGUUACGCUGUUUUAUUUAUUGAAAACUGUGAGGAAGAAUAACAAGUGGAGUGAAGAUAAAUUGUUCAAUUGUUGUAAUCUACAAGAUUAUUUUAUAACAAAUGUUAUCUCGAAUGAGAAACUUUCUUAUUCUUAACAUAUUAAGAUCAAAUAGAUUCCUUAUUCCUAACAAUUUUUCUUAAUCUUUAUUACAAUAGGAGAAUGAAAAUAUUCUUUUGAAAAAUAUAGAAAUGAUAAGAAAAAUAAUAUGAUACAAAGAAUGCGAAGGUUUCAUUGUAAUUCUUAUGUUAGCUGAGAUAGUUGAAAGAUUUUUCUCAAAGAUUAAAUUAUUGAGUAUUAUCGACGACUAUUAUUCGAUGAGAGUGCAAUGCUACGACGAGUUGCAAUGCUAUGAGAUCAAAAGCAUCGCAAAAUAAAGAUACUACGUUCGUUUUCACAAUUGAUAAUGUUAAAUAAUUGAAUGUUGAAAUAUGUGCUUAAAAGUAUAAAAAGAAAUCAAAUUAGUUUUGUGAAUUUGAUACAUCGAUAGUUUAACGAUGCAUUCAUCAAAUAUCAUAUAUUGCUGCUACAUGUUUCUGCUUACUUCUUUGUCCUCGGAAUCUUGGGAAAAUUCUACGAACAACAAUGAGGAGAACAAAAAUUUGACAGUGCGAUACAAUCUUCCUGUAAAUUCUACAAGGAACGAAACACAGUAUCAGUCCGAUAUUAAUUUUAUGAAGAAUAAUCACAUGGAUGACGAUGUGAUACAGUACAAGUUUCGUAAUCAUGUCACGAACUCUACAAAGGUCAAUGAUAAAAAUGCAACUACAUUGCAAGAAAUUAGUGAAAAUCAAAUACAGACAAACAAUUUCACAAACAAUUUCACAUCGUACGAACGCUACGGAAAUUUCAAUACAGAUGAUUACAAUAAUAGUACAGACACUGUACUUAUUGUUCCAUAUGAAUAUAAGAACGAUUCCGAGGAUAAAAGAUUGGACCAACUAUUUCCAAUGACCGUCCACGAUCCAUGUGUUGUACAAGGAUUUGGACGCCGUUUACUUCACCCCAAUGAAUAUUUGCUCCUCAACAACGGUACUUUGUACCAUGGUCCUGGUCAGCUAACUUCACCGACAUCUUAUUGCAUCGCUAUUAUAAAACGAAACAUUUAUGAUGUGAUUGUUUGCAAUUAUAAUAAGACUAAGCUUCCGAUGUUUAUAUCCGCGUGUCUUGUAAUAUCUUUGCCAUUCCUGUUAUUGACAUUCGUGGUGUACUCCAUAUUGCCAGACCUUCAAAAUAUGCAUGGCUAUACGUUACGUGCACACGUCGCAUCGUUAUUCGUCACAUACAUCAUUAUGCCUUUUGGUCAACAAAUCGAUACUUUACACGAAUCAAAGUUUUGCAUUCCACUAGCCUACAUUUUAAACUUCUCGUUUUUAUCAAGCUUUUUUUGGCUAAAUGUAACAUGUUUCGACAUUUGGUGGACAUUUAAAGGAUUCCGUUCAUAUCGAUCAUGUAUAAAACAUCAAGAAAAAAAGAAAUUGAUAAUAUAUUCGAUAUAUGCAUGGGGAAUUGCCUUCAUUCUCACUGGCGUAUGUGCCAUCAUGGAUUAUGCUCCCUUAUCAAAAAAAUUGAUCCGACCGGAAAUGUGUGAAAGAAGAUUUUGGUUCAACCGUAAGUAA